UGGCUUGUUCCCGUUGCCAUCUCUAACAAAAUUGUUUUUAUCAAAAAAAAUUUGUCUUCGCUAUGAAGCGCUAUAAACAAAAACUUCGCGAAGUUUGGCUACAAAUGCCAGAGUUUAGGCCCUGGCUAAGGAGAGACCCAGAGGAUUCAUACAGGGCGCACUGUCGAUUCUGCAAGUGCGGAGUUAACACAAAGAUUUCCGAUUUGCGAGCUCACGCUCAGACUAAGAAACACAUUAAGCGGGAUGGUGGUAGUACAGUUACAGUGAAGAGAAGUGACUCGUUUAAUGACAACGAGGAUGAAUAUGUUGAAAUUGACCAUGCUACUGCGGACGCUGACGCAGACUAUAAAGUUUUGCCAAUAAAACGCGUAAAACUCGGCUCUUACAAACAAAAUGCAAACAAAUUGGUCGACGAUAAAAGUGGUGUUCGUGCAAGCACCAGUGGACCUGACUAUGAGGCCAUCAUCGAGAGCUUAGCACUUUACGAACCGGAGCAAGUUAUAUUCAAUAGUGAAUCACACAUGGACGAGCACCAGCAUGAAGAAGAGAUGACGUCGCCAACAAAUAUUGACGAAGAAAUAAUUACCAAUGCAGUUACUACUGCAAUUAAUAAUAUGAAGGACACUUCGCAAGUCUUUGGCGAUUUUGUAGCCGAUCGACUGCGACGUUUGACAGAGGGUACAGCUGAAUAUGCCAAGGACAAGAUAAUGGAAAUUAUUUUAGAGUCCGGCGCUCUUGACAAAGCCAAUGGACAUUAAGAACGCAAAUACAUACAACAUAAUUAUGUAAAAAUAAACUUAUAAAUUAGUAUAU